CUGCCACGUCCUAACGGCUCCAGCGGCUGCUCGCAGCACCGGGCCGGGCCGGCGCUGGGUGGUGGGGAGGGGGGGGUGAGGAGGGGGGGGGGAGAGGGGGGGGAGAGGCGGGGAGUGACUGAGAAUCCGCGGAGGAGGAGAGAGAGGAAACACGUAGCGUCGCCCGGCACAUCACGGCAGCAGCUCCGGCCCGGAGCAACGACCGCCGCCCCCCGGAGGACCCCGCCCGCCCGCCCGCCGCCCCCCGGAGGACCCCGCCGGCCGGCCGGGGCUCGUUCGUUCAGGCGGAGGCUGACUCCGGUCCUUCUUCUCGGGCUCGGACGGAGGCGGACACCCAUGCUGGGCACGGGAAGAAUGGAGGAAUUCGUCACCGAAGAGGAAGAGCCGUGGUACGACCAGCAGGACCUGGAGCAGGACCUUCACCUGGCCGCAGAGCUCGGGAAGACUCUCCUGGAGAGGAACAAAGAGCUGGAGGACUCCCUCCAGCAGAUGUACAUCACCAAUGAGGAGCAGGUGCAGGAGAUCGAGUACCUGACCAAGCAGCUGGAGGUCCUGCGGGACAUGAACGAGCAGCACGCGCGUGUGUACGAGCAGCUGGACGCCACGGCCCGGGAGCUGGAGCGCACCAACCGCAGCCUGGUGUCCGACAGCCGCGCGUCCCAGAACAAGAUCCAGCGGCUGACGGGGGCCCUGGAGGCCCUGCAGGGCCAGGUGGAGGCCCUGUCUGCGCAGGCGGAGCAGCUGCGCUCUCUGGAGCAGCUGCGGGUGCGCCGCGAGAAGAGGCAGCGCCGCAAGACCGUGCACUCCUUCCCCUGCCUCAGGGAGCUGUGCACCGCCCCCAGGUACGAGGACGAGUUUGUGGUGGGGCGGGCGGAGAGCUUCAGCCUGGAGGCCCAGCGGCCCCCGUUCGAGGAGGAGAACCAGCAGCUGCGGGAGGCCGUGUCGGCCCUGAGGGCCGCCGUCCGCACCGAGCGGGGCAGGAGGGAGGGGGUGGAGCGGGAGGGCAGCCUGCUGCUGGCAGAGUUCUCCCGCCUGCAGACCCGGGUGCAGGACGCGGAGCUCUGCCAGGCGCGGCUGCGGGAGCUGGAGGCGGAGCUUCAGGAGCUGCAGCAGCUGCGGCGGGCGCGCUGCUUCCUGCUGAGCGGCGAGGACGACGGCGUGGCGCUCACGCAGACCGUGCUCAGCAUCACCCCCGAGACCGACACCUUCCUGGAGGAGGGCGCCGGCGAGGCGGGGGGCGGCGUGCGGGAGGAGUCGGAGGGCGGGGCGGGGCAGGCCCUGCCGGAGUCCGGCCCCGUCAGGAAGAGCUGCAGCGACACGGCGCUCAACGCCAUCGUGGCCCGCGACGCCUCGGGCCGGCGGCGGGGCAGCUACGCGCUGCACGCCAACAGCGUCCGGCGGCGGGGGAUGUCCAUCCUGCGCGAGGUGGACGAGCAGUACCACGCCCUGCUGGAGAAGUACGAGGAGCUGCUGGGCCGCUGCCGGCGCCAGGAGCAGAGCCUGACUGCGCCCUGGGCCCCACCCCCGCGCCCCCCCCCCACCCCCGCCCAGUCGCCCUCCACCCCGGAGGCCAUGGAGAGCAUCAGCAAGCAGGUGGAGGCGGUGGACAAGCGGCUGGGCCACAGCACGCCCGAGUAUAAGGCGCUCUUCAAGGAGAUCUUCUCCCGGAUCCAGAAGACCAGAACGGACAUCAGAGCCACCAAAGCCACCAAAACCAGCAAAGCUGGCAAAUCAGGCAAAUCCAGUAAACACUAG